AUGACUGACACACGCCGAGUUUCUGGGCGCUCGUGCAACGAUAUGAAUCUUUUGGGGCACGGAUCGGGGGCGGAAAACCAGGGGUCGGGCCUGCUUAAACUCCGGCAGGCUGCCGCCGUGAGAAGGAGCUCGCGCACGGGGCGCUCCGACGGCCAGGUGCCCCCGCACCUCCUCUCCAAUGCGACCUCAGCAGGUGACCACGCCUACGCCCGCACGGCCACUAAUACGGCGAGGUCAUCAAGAGGAGGCAUGGUGGCAGACCGGGAAAUCGAUAUGGCGGCAGCAGAGACAUUCAGAGAGGGCAUACGCGCCCGCGAUGCGACGGACGGGGGCAUCUUGCGGGGAUGCGAUCUUCUCGGGGACAUGGAUAACGAGUUAAGUCACUCCGUGGAUGACAGUCUGGACUUGGACUUGUCAAGCUCGUGCAGGCUUGACGCUGCGGAGUCGAACUACUUCAGAGACCCGGAAAGCAACGGCGUACGCAACAUUACAGACGUCCUGUCGUUUGACAAGCGGCUAGGGCAGGGGGUAUACGGAGACGUCUUCCUAUGUCACCUACGAGCUGAUCGCACGAAACGUUUCGCAGUAAAACGUAUACAGCAAGCCCCUUCACCGGUGGAGAAGAUUUUCGGACUCGACCAGAACAUCAUAAAGGAGCUGCACGCCCUCAGAGCGCUCAAGAGGCCUCAUGCCAACAUCGUCAGGCUCUACGACUUCUGUUCCGCUAUGGAGACUCUGGUACCGCGUAAUUCGUCGAAGUCAUCGCAAAAGGACCCGAAGAGGAAGUGCGUUGCCUUCUACCUCAUCUUCGAACUCUGCGACAUGGACCUCAGCCAGUUCGUCAAGGAGGCAUCGCUCAAGUACAAGGCUCACGAAAUGGACCUUUUCAGCACCACGAGCGAGCAUGCGGACGGCGAGUACCAUAUCCAGGAUAUCAUAAACCAGUGGUGUACACUAUACCUCAAGAAGAGGCAGGACGAGGCCUUCAAGGACGGCGGGCCCGGCACCUCCGUGCGCAGCGAAAGAAUACCGUUGCCAGGGCUGCCCGAGGAUAUCGUAAAGGUCAUCAUGUACCAGAUGCUGCAAGGGCUCGCGUACAUACACUCCAACAGAAUUAUACACAGGGACAUCAAACCACAAAAUAUACUACUAAAGAAGACCAACGGCGUCUUCGACGCGCUUGAAGCGCUCAAAUCGCCCAGCGCCUGGCAAGUGAAAAUCGGCGAUCUGGGGCUGUCAACAAUCGUACCGGCAAGGUACCUCACAACGAUGACGGAGGAGGUGGUCACGCUGCUGUACCGGCCGCCGGAGUUGCUGCUCGGCGACUGCAAAUACACCACCGCCGUUGACAUAUGGUCAACGGCUACGAGCGUAGGCGAGUGCCUGCUGGGCAAGCCGAUGUUCAGGGCAAGGACGGAAUUCAGCGUCCUCAUGCGCAUCAUUUGCACCGUGGGCGCGCCGCGGGUCGAUGAAAUGCCCGAAUUCGCCAAGCAACUCAAGUACCUCACCGACAGCAUGCCCAAGGUGACCAGGGAGGCCAGGUCGUCGCUCAGGAAAAUGUUCACGGACCACUUCGGGAGACUGCUGCUCAGCGAGACCGGGCUCGACCUGUUCGUGAAGAUGCUACAGUUUGUGCCGGAGAAAAGGAUAACCGCCGAGCAGGCACUCAAGCACCCGUGGUUCGACGACAUAGACUCGCUGCUGAAGCCGUCUAUCGCGAAGUCCUACCACAGCCUCGAACGGGUGUUCCCCAAAGGACAGCGGGAUAUGCUGCCGCUGCCGUUCAAAGGCGACCUUUCGGAGUACAAGCAGCAGCUGCGCAAGGCGACCCUCAAAACGGCCUCGAUAGACGAGGCAUACAUGCAGUUUGUUUUCCCGUGA